UUAUCCAGAAGUAAGAAAGUAGAGGAAGCAAAAAAGCCUUUGAACUUUGAAUGAGGAGUUGGAGUGACACACAGCACUGUGCCAGUGUCACGAGCCUAUCAGCCCUUUAAGGGUAGUGGCUAUGUGCAUGAUUUGGUGUGCACGCCAAUCCGAGACAUAUACUAACUUACAAAGCCAAAUUCCUUAGAUGGAUGAGGAUAUGAUCAGCACAAGGACCUCGGCAUAGUGGCAAAGUGGCAGUUCUUGUACCUAUGUGUUUGCUUGUCUCCUCAGCACCUUACACCAUUCACAUCUUGCUGUGAUAUUCCCCCAUCAUCACAAAUACCACUUUACCCUUCAUUGUGGUUAUGCAGUCCCCCACAUAACCUACAAGGGUAUCAUUCCCUCUUCCACAGCAAUCACUUUCUCUUGCUCAUUUAUACCAAGCUCUAACUCUCUAACUAACUCAACUCAAAUCAAACACAAACAAACAAACAGGUCUUCCAAUAUGGAGAUGAAGAGAGAAACCAACAACAAGGAGGAUAGCAUACACACCAUAGUGUUCACAGCAGGUACAUUUCUCCUAAUGGUGUGUCUAAAACACUUUCUAGUUGAGCAAUGGCGUGCUUGGGUGUUCCUCAUCCUCAACGUCAUUCUUUUAGCAAUUCUUUUCAUGUCUCUGAGGCCAACCAACUUAGAUCACAGUUCAGAAACUGAAAGCAGUGUUGAACAAGUGAAGAGUGACAACAAAGAGAAAAAGAAACCAAGUGGGGGUUCUCAAGAAACUGAAGAAGGAAAAGAUUGCUACAUAAAGCAAAGUUGGAGUAGUAGUAGUACUAGUACUGGUAGUAAUACUGAUACUUAUGUUGAUGCUGAGAAUGAAGUUGCAGAAGAAGAUGAGGAAGAUGAGGAGGAAGAGGAGCAUGUUCCAGUGCUGUCCAAGGAGGAGUUGAAUGAGAGAGUGGAAGCUUUCAUUACCAUGUUUAGGCAGCACUUGAUCUCUGAUGUCAAACAAGCUGAAAGUUUCAGACUCCACAAGAUUGAAGUGUCCUGCUGUUGAGCCUAUGUUCUAAGAAAACAGCUACAAAUUUUGUUUCAUUAUUAAUAUUUUUGUCAUUAUUUGUUCUAAAUGAUCAAGGAUGUGUUUUACUGCUGCUAUAAUGUUUGGAUUGAUCCA